AUGUCCCACGAGUGCAGCGAUGAGUGGGAGCUGAGCAAGGAGAAUGUGCAGCCCCUCAGGCAGGGGCGGGUGAUGUCCAGCUUGCAGGAGGCGCUGGCUCAGCAGGACUCCUCCAGCCACACCGCUGUGCAGCUCAAAAAACAGGAAUUUGAAUCAGAAAUCCGAUUUUACUCUGGAGAUGACCCUCUGGAUGUGUGGGACCGGUACAUCAAGUGGACAGAACAGACCUUCCCCCAGGGUGGGAAAGAUGGAAAUCUCGCAGCAGUUUUGGAAAGGGCAGUGAAAGCCCUCAAUGAGCAGCAGCGAUACUACAAAGACCCUCGCUAUCUUAAUCUCUGGCUCAAGUUUGGCAAUUGCUGCCAUGAGCCCUUGGAUCUGUACAGUUACCUGAGCAGCCAGGAGAUUGGCACCACGCUGGCACUGCUCUACAUCACCUGGGCAGAGGCACUGGAGGCUAGAGGAAACUUCAAGAAGGCAGAUCUGAUAUUCCAGGAAGGGCUUCAGCGCAAGGCUGAGCCUUUGGACAAACUCCAGUCCCACCACAGGCAGUUUCAGGCCCGUGUUUCUCGGCAGGCACUACUGGCACUUGAGGAAAGUCCAGAUGGAAAAAAUGCAGGUCUGCUGGAAACUGCGGAGCCUCAGAGAAGCUCAUUGGCAGAUCUCAAAGGCAGGGGGAAGAAAAAAGUGAGAGCACCCAUUAGUCGUGUGGGGGAUGCAGUUAAAGCCACGAACCCAUCCAGAAGCAUCCAGCCUCAAACUUCUCUGCAGCUUCCAAAUACUCCAAGUUUUGCUGUGUUUGAUGAAAAUUCAGUGUCUGGAGCUGAGAUUCCCACGCUUACAGCACAGUCAUGGGCAGCACCUCCAGCUCCCAGGGCCAAGGAGAAUGAACUCAGUGCGGGACCUUGGAACUCUGGCAGGCGUCCUCGAAGUGCUGCCAGUCCCGGCGUGGCAGUGCCCGGCCCCCUGCCCAGCUUCACCCCCUACGUGGACGAGGCAACCCAGCCUCAAAUGAUGACUCCGUGCAAAAUCGAGCCCAGCAUAAACCGCGUGUUAAGUGCUCGCAAACCUGAGAAGGAGGACCCGCUGCAGCGAGUGCAGCACCAUCAGCAGGACACUCAGGAGAGGAAAGAGAUGGUGAUGUACUGCAAGGACAAGGUUUAUGCUGGAGUCGAUGAAUUCUCUUUGGAAGAGAUUCGAGCUGAAAUCUACAGGAAGAAAGCGAAAAGGAAAGCCGAAGAGGAAAUGCAAGCCAUAGCACAGAAGAAGGAAGAAAUACAAAGGAAAAUUGAGGAGCUGGAGAAGAAAUUGAAGAAGAAAGAAGAUGACAAGCAUCAACAAGCACGUGAACAGGCAACAGACGUAAGGGAAGCUUCGGCACCUUUGGGACCGCAAGGAUUCACUUCUUCCAGUGCAACAGAAGUUGGGGAGAAGCAGCUUCAGUGGCAAAGUGAAUUCCAGGUCUGUGAAGAUGCUCAACUACAUAAACCAUCUUGUUCUGAGGAGGUUAUCCCGACUGCUGAGGUAUCCCCAGACAACCACAGUGGAAAUGUGUUUUCAGACCCUGAGGAGGAACAGAGAGAUGAGGCCAGCCUUCCCAAAGAAGAUGUAAAUCUGCUUCCCCCACUGGCUCCUGCUCCAUUUUUCUCUAUAUUUGAUGAAUCCUCGACUCUAACAAAUCAGAAUAUAAGUUGUUCUGCAGAUCAGACCCAGAAAAGUGCCCAUCGACCACUCGCUGCUCGUAAACCUUUGGCCCCUCUGACAGCAAAGGAAAACGUCUCACCAGAAACCUGUGAUGAGCUGAAUGGAAUCGAAGCUUUGACUGAGGAUGCAAUUGUGACAGGCUCCUACAAGAACAAACCCCUUUGUGCCAACCCAGAAGACACGUGUGACUUUAACAGGGCUGCCCACCUGGCCUCGACGCCCUUUCACGGGCUGGGAGCUCAGAGAAUCCCAGCUCCUGCUUUCUCCCAGAGUGACCUGAAGGAGGAUAGUCCAGAAUCCAAGAGUGCACCUCUGGAUCAGGAAACGCUGGUGUGUGAGGGAGCCUACAGCGAAGCUCUCUGUGUAAAUAAACUGAGCCCAAUCAUGGAAGCAAGCCUGGAAGACACUCGCUCGUCAGGUUCUUCAGUCUCAGGAGGUUCUCUGUCCUCUGUUACACAAACAUCUGCUAUUAAAUACCUGCGUAUCCCGGAGAAACUGGAGCUGGCCCAGAGCCUGCCUGCUGAAACGGCUCCUGACUGUGGAGGUGUCUGUGCAAAUGCUCCUGGGGAGGAUGUGGCUGAGCCGCUGUGGAGCGCUGACCAGCGUAGAAAGCUCUUGGAGCCUGUGCUGGAAUCACUGGCUGCUUCUCCCGAUUUCUACUUGGAGCCUGGAGCUCUGCCUACCAUGGAGGUUGAGAAGGACAUUGAGCUGGGGCAUGAGACUUACUGCAUCAAAUGGCAGUACUGGAGCAAUGAAGAAUACAAAAUGUUUUUUGCCAUUCCAGCCAACCUUUUCCAGUUGGAUGCAAAGGGAUUUGCAAUAAAGGUGUAUUCUCAGCCUGUGCCUUGGGAUUUUUAUAUCAGCCUUGAGUUGCAGAGGCGUUUGCAGGCUGACUUUGACCAGAGCUUCAGUGAGAGCUGCAGCUGUUACCUGUACCAGGAUGGCUGUGCCGUGGUGCACAGGGACAUCAACCGCUUCACGCUUGGGGAUGUUAUCCGUGGCCGCAAGUCCAUCAUGGAGGAAGUCAUCUUCCUAGUUGUUUAUAAUCUUCUGGGUGUGGUCGAGAAGCUGCACAAGGCUGAGAUUGUCCAUGGAGAUCUGAGGCCAGAGGUGUUCUUUCUGGGAGACAGGAUCUGCGAUGCCUUUGCUAACGAGGACAUGGCAAGUGCUCUGAAGGUGGUGGAUUUCUCUCACAGUCUGGAUUUGAGGUUGCAGCCUCGAGUGAGCUUGUGCAACAGCUUUCCCGUGUCUCAGACCCCUCAUGGGCAGCAGCUUCUGGCAGCAAGUUCUCUUCCUUAUCAGGCAGACUUGGUGGGCAUUGCAGAUAUAGUCCAUUUGAUGCUGUUUGGGGAUCAUAUCCAGGUCUAUCAGGAGAAUUCCAUCUGGAAAAUCAGCCAAAACUUACCAAAGACUGUUGACAGCAAUUUCUGGAGUAAACUUUUUGGGACAAUUCUGAAUGCAGAUGGUAAGUCCACAGUGCCUCUGCUGCAGGAGUUGAGAGAGGAAAUCGGUGGCAUGUUUGACAGCUCUUUCCAAGAACGACUUAGUGAAUCCUUAGCUGCCCUAGGAGUAACCUUCCUCCUCUAGAACUUCCUGUGACUUCAUGGAGGACAAACACACUUUGUAUUAUAGAGAAGAAUUUGUUGCUGAUUUCUUAUUUAUUUUUUCCGAUGUAAGCGUGACAGUGACUGCAGCUGUGUCUGCAGUGCUUCACGCGGGACUUGCUAAAGGAUGUUUCUGUUGCAUUAGUGCCCAGAUCACUUAAGAGGUUAACCUGUGUCUGAGCAGUUUGCCAGAGAAAAUUGUUUGCCCUGAGUGCCCCCUGCCCUUGUACAGCUCCUUCCAGAUGUGUUUCAUACCUGCUUCCCAUGUGCCCUUUGGAACACCUUUGUGCUGCCUUCGGUCGGUCCUUCAUUCAAUUCGUGUUUGAUCAAUAAAGUUGUCCUUUGAUAGCAACUCAGUCACAUUAAACACCGCUGUCAGAUGGUUUUGAAAGACUUGGUUUAGUGCUGGAGUGCUGUUUGCUGGGAGUUGUUUGUGGCUGCUGCAUACAAGAGGCCCUCGUUUGGUGGGUCAUAACCACAUGGCAUUUCCUGGACGCUGGAACACAACCUGAAUUGUUCUACUUGCAGUAAUGCUCUCAUGGAUGGCUGUCAUAAGAAAAAGUAGAUGAAGGCAUGAGUGGAAAAGCUAUACACUUAAUUUUGGCUUCUUAAGGCAAGUGUUUUGUUUACUUUUGCAAGGGCUGCAGUUCCUGAUUGGA